AGGUCUGAGAGCGUUUCCGGCAGCUGAGGAGGGCCGGAGCGGGGAGAAGAGCUUGUGCUGGGCCCUGGCACUGGCGGAGCUGCCCGGAGCAAUGUGAUCAGGAGAGCGACGUCUUAUCCCUCUGAGUUUCCCGAACAGCCAAGAUGGACAGCAACAGCUUCAUCCAGUUUGACGUCCCGGAGUACAGCAGCACCGUUCUCAGCCAACUCAAUGAGUUGCGCUUGCAGGGGAAGCUUUGCGACAUCAUCGUCCACAUUCAGGGGCAGCCGUUCCGGGCGCACAAAGCCGUGCUGGCCGCCAGCUCUCCGUACUUCCGCGAUCAUUCGGCAUUGAGUACCAUGAGUGGCUUAUCCAUAUCCGUGAUCAAAAACCCCAACGUCUUCGAGCAGUUGCUGCUGUUUUGCUACACUGGAAGAAUGUCCCUGCAGCUGAAGGAUGUGGUCAGUUACCUGACCGCGGCCAGCUUUCUUCAAAUGCAGUGCGUCAUCGACAAGUGUACUCACAUCCUAGAGACCAUUCACUCGAAAAUCAGCGUGGUGGGCGUCAGCGUGGAGGACGGGCAAAGCGAUCAGAACGGGGUGAAGGACGACAGCUACUUUGCCAACCCGGGAGAGAUUUCUCCGAGCUACUGCGGCCAGGUGAGACCGUCUAUCCUAAGCAGCGACUCCGUGGUCAACAAAACUCUACGGAACCGCUCUCAAGAAGAAGGUCAUUCGGACCGGGGGAGCAGCGGAAGUAUUUCCGAACACGAGAUACAAAUAGAAGGAGAGCCGGAGCACGCGGAAGUGAUCCGGGACAGCCAGAUCACCGAAGUGAAAGUUAAAGCCGAGAAGGGGGACCGGCCGAGCUGCUCCGACAGUUCCUCCUUGGGGGAUGACGGGUAUCACACGGAAAUGGUGGACGGAGAGCAGGUGGUGACGGUGAACGUGGGCUCCUACAGCUCCGUGCUGCAGCACGCCUAUUCGUUCUCACAAGCUGCGUCCCAGUCUAGUGUUCCCGAGCCCUUCGGAGCCAUAAGCAACUCGACUCCUUCCAGGUCGAUGCUUAGCUGUUUCAGAGGAGGAAGAGCGCGCCAGAAGCGGCCUUCCCACGUGGCCGGCGAGAUGCGCAGCGUGAUCCAGAGCUCGGAGACAGAGACCGCGCUGGGCACGCCAGCCUACGAGACCAGCCCUCGAGAGCGCUCCACGCGGGGUUACUGGCAUCCGUACAGCGAGAGGCUCAUCUGUAUCUACUGCGGCAAGACCUUCAACCAGAAGGGGAGUCUCGAUCGGCACAUGCGACUCCACAUGGGAAUCACCCCUUUCGUGUGCAAGUACUGCGGGAAAAAGUACACCCGCAAAGACCAACUGGAAUACCACAUACGGGGCCACACGGAUGACAAGCCUUUCCGGUGCGAGGUGUGCGGGAAAUGCUUUCCUUUCCAGGGCACUCUGAAUCAACACUUACGGAAGAACCACCCGGCCGUGGCCGAAGCCAGGAGCCGCGUGCAUUCGCCGGAUCGCUCGGAAAGCUACGUGGAGCAGAGUGACGUUUCCAUGUCCGAAACCAACCUGGACUCGAACGUCGAGAUCCACAACUUGUCCACGACGCCCGUGUAACCCCCCGCGUGGCCGAGGGGAUACUGUAUAAAGCACACAUCACGUUAAUCAAUGCAUAUUUUUUAAUAUCCGCUUCUUUGGUAAUAUAA